AAUGUCAGAAAUAAUAAAAAUGGUUUUAAAAAGAUCAUAUUUGUCCCGCCCUCUGCUUCAUGGCGUUACCUGACCGUUACCUGUCAGAAAUGAAGCAUCUCUCAGGGCUGCAGCGCCACCCAGAGGCCGACGGCGUACUUCAGGAAGUACGGCUUCCAGCGCGGCUUGAAGUAGCGGCUUCAAAGGUGAACAUGGAGAGUCUGCAGGAUCAGGACAAGCUGUUGCUGCUGGUGGAGAAAUACUGCAACCUCAGGUCACCACCAGUAGCAUAUUUCGAGGGACCAGUAGAACCAGAGAGGCCUUCAGGCCUGUCACCCUGCAAACCAUUAGUAGAUAAAACAUUGAUUCUUCGAAUACCCUCCGUGGACAUAGAGUCUGACUCCUUCGAUCGUUCUGGAUCUGUAAGAAAAGCCCAGAAUGUCCCGAGGCAGCUGGCGAAGAUUGCGGAUUCGGCACCGAUUGCCGAGCAGAACCUCCAGACACAAGACGAGAUCAUCCAGAGGCUCGUCGAGCUGAUGAUAACACUUGGAGAUGACAUUAAUAUGAAGCUCAAACAGAACCCGGCCCUGCAGCAGCAGCUCCAGGACCUGAACUACAACCUGUUUGAGAAGCUGACGUGCACCGUGCAGAACCUGGUGGCGCCACCGGACCAGGCGGCAUGCCCAGACGGUCUGGUCCAGAAGCAGAGGAUCGCCUGGGCCUUUGAGGUGACCAGCAGACUGUCCUCCGUCACUGUGGUCCACCGCAGGGCGAUACAGCAGUUUGGAGCCCGAUACAUCGCAGAGAAUCACGCUGGCUGGGUCCAGCAGCAAGGAGGCUGGGAGGAAGCUUUUGACUGAACAGCUGACCGGUCAGACGGAGAAAACUAAACUGUGAACAACUUGAAGAUAUUUAUUUUUUCUAAUUAAGAUUUGAAGUUUUUGGAAUAAAAUCAAAAUGAAAAAGGAAAACUGA